AAGGAGGGUAUGGACAUCGUUGUAUCUUAACACUGAGAUAAGGACAAUUCAUCCAUAAAAGAAGAAAUCUUUUCUGAAGGCGCCUCUCGAAGAGCAGACAGAGAGUUAUGAAGGCUCCUGCCCUGCUGCUGACAAUCGUCCUUUACAGCGCCGCGAAGAAGAGUCACCAUGUCGACCUCAGUCACCGCGGACUCCAGACCGUACCGACAAACAUCUCGCCCACAACAGAGAGUCUCGACUUGAGUUGGAAUUUUCUGCAAAGUAUACCCAAUGACUCCUUCGUCAACUUAAAUUCGUUAACCUCGCUGGAUCUGUCUCAGAACAAACUUACGAGGUUAGAACCAUCAGCUUUUGGAGGUCUGUUGCAGCUCCUUUUUCUAAACCUGGGAAACAAUCAACUGCUACUGGGAUACAAAUCCUACCCACCCACAGUAUUUCACCCUCUGGAAAAACUGGAAAUCCUAAAUAUGGCUGACAACAUUUAUGACCAGUCGCCAGGAUUUCCGGACGAGAUAUUUAGCAACCUUGGCUCGUUGAAGGACUUGACCAUUGAUGGACUUUGGAACUGUUCCUUUGGCCCAGGGGUGAGAAACAUGUCACAACUUAAAAGCCUUUCCGUAAACUUCUGGGAGUCUGGCGGUAGUCUCAGACCUGAGACAUUUGCUUACUUCUCAGGUUUACCGAUCGAAUCACUAGUGCUGCUCUGUCAGGGUUUAGAAGCAGGAACUCUGAGAUAUUUUCCAUUCUUGACAAGCUUAAGUUUAAAGACCAACGGGAUUACCAAGGCACUCUCCGCACUUGCUGACCUCACCCAUCAUAAUUUGACUUACCUUACAAUCUCUGGGUGCAACCCCAACACUGGGAGCCUCAGGGAUCCAGAAAACUUAAUCCUUACCCGAAAUAACACGGUUCACCUGGCGGAUAUUUGUGUGCGUCACCUGGACCUAAGCUACAACGCCCUCAUCCACAUCGGGAAAGAUGUCCUGUUUGGAUUCCGCUAUCCGGAGUGCGUGGAAAGUUUUAGAGUGAACGGAAACUACCUAUCAAUAGCCUCUAAUGGCUUAUCUUUACUUAGCUUGGUUCGUUUCGCGAGAUUAGAAUACCUCAGUAUUAGUCCAGGUCGAGAAUACACAUUGGGUAUGACAGAUUUUUCAUCCGAACAAGAUAUGCCAGAGUUCCCAGACGGACUGGCCGUGCAGUUGACCUUACCCCAGUCAUUGCGAGUGCUUAAUGCGAGUUUCCUGGGUGGAUCGGCCAGAGGCAUACCAGAUCUGAAAUUUAUAAAUGCACACCAUUUACAAGUUCUUGAUGUCUCAUAUGACAAUGUAGAUGGCUGUACCUUUGUCGUGUCUGGACUGGAGAACUUGAAAGUGCUCAACAUAUCUGGGUUUGACUGCAGUUUUCUGUCUCCAAAAUUCUUUUCACAUUUUACAUCACUGGAUGUGUUAGUUGCCCAAAACUGUAGAUUGAAUACAGGCUUGCAGCAGAACUCGGUUGCCGCCAUAUUCAAAAGUCAAGUAAACUUAAGAACCUUGGAUCUAUCCAGUAAUAGUUUCGUAACACUCAACCUAGAUAUUUUCAAACCACUCAAGAGCCUGGAAAAUUUGAUUCUAGCCAACAACAAAUUGAUCCAUUUACCCGAAUCUAUUUAUGGAUUAGUCUCGCUGAAAUUCGUGGACUUAUCAUCCAAUAUUAUUUCGUCUUUAUCUGGUAAAGAAAUUAAGUGGUUGGCCAGUGACCUUCCACUCCAAACCGAUGGUGUUGGCAGAGUUUCGCUUAGCCAUAACCCUUUCAUCUGCACAUGUAAUACUUUGGACACUAUGCACUGGCUGUUGGAAGGUUCAGCCAUUGUGGAGGAACUAUGCUCACUGAAGUGCACCCUACAGAAUGGAACAGUGGUGAAAAUGUGUGCCCUCCAGUCACAGCUGAAGAACAUGGACGUGAGCUGUGUCAGCAAAUUUUGGUUAACCUUCUCCAUAGUUGGUUCUUGUUUUAUCACCGUGGUGAUUGUGCUGGGAAUCUUUGCCUACCGUUACAGAUGGAAUAUAAAAUAUUGGGUUCUUACAAAAUUUAGGAGAGGUCCUGUGUAUAAAGAGCUGACCAACGAGCAAUACAAAUAUGAUGCAUUCGUGGCUUACAACUACACCAGUUACCGAUGGGCUUGCAUCGAUUUGAGAAAAGUUUUGGAAGUUGAGAACGAUUUCUCACUGUGUCUUCACGAUCGCGACUUUAUCCCCGGUGGAAACAUUCAGCAGAGCAUUGUGGGCGCCAUGAACAGCAGCCGGAAAAUCAUCUUGGUGAUCAACAAAGCUUUCAUGAAAAGUGAAUGGUGUGAAUUUGAAGUUCAAAUGGCCGGCAUGCGCAUGGUAAGAGACGGCCUUGAAGACGCCAUUAUAGUGAUCAUGAUGGAAGAAAUCCCUGUGACAGAAAUGUCCAAAUCGCUGCUGAGCCUGUGGAAAGACAUCACAUUCCUGGUGUGGCCCGAGGAUGACCCAGGCGAUGAACGGAUCUUCUGGAGCCGUCUGCUAGACGGGAUGGCGCGCUGAAGUGCGCUAUUUCUUGUUUUGUGUAACGUAAAAUUGCCAGAACUGGUGACCAAGACUAUGUUUAUAUAGCUGGAAUGUUUUGAAGAAAAAUGCUUUGCCGACAUAAAAUAAUUUUAAUAAGAAUUCCUACAAAAUGUCUUGGGAAGCAGAAAUAGAAGACAGAAUAGCGCGUAUAUCGUAUUGUACAGGCGUGGAAUGAAAUCACGGAUGGUAACAUUUUGUAAAUUUACAACCAUAUGUUAACCUCUUACACUGAAUUCAGUUAACUUUUUAUUAAUGGGUGGUAAAAAGUGAUAGUGGCUUAUACCAGACAUUUACUUCGUUAUUUGUAGAAGAUUGUUAAAAAAAACCCCACGGGUACUGCUACUUAUGGUGUAUGAAAAGCAGAUAUAUUGAUGGGGUAAACUAAUCUUGUGACUUAAUAUAUGGAUAAUGCUUUAACUCAUAGGCUUACACAAAACUUCCUGAAUUAAUUUCCCAUAACUCUUGUAGCCUGAUGGCGUGUGGACACAGACAAUCCCAUCACGAUCACAGCCGAUCAGCAGUUGUGUAUGAGGGAUAAUGCAUUUAUUUAUUAAUUUGAUUGAUGUUUUGCACCUUACUCAUUCACACUUAGAAAAGAA